AUGGGUGACGACAUUGAAUUAUCUUUCGAUGAUACGUUCGAGGAUCACUCUGUUGACUCGGACAAUAAUACUCUUUCAAGGUCAAACUCUUUUAAACUAAAAAAAGGAACUGAUAGUCAAAGAAAAAAAGAUAAACGCCGCUCAAAGUUAUGGUAUGAGAAAUCGAGUCCUCAACCUCAAAGCGAUAGUGAGCAAAGCACCGGUACUCAAGAAACAAUUCCGACUGCUAUUGUUAUAAAAAAUAUUCCAUUUUCUAUAAAGCGUGACGCGCUUUUGGCUACUCUCAAUGCUCUUGACAUUCCAAGACCAUAUGCUUUUAACUACCAUUUUGAUAACGGUGUCUUUAGAGGAUUGGCAUUUGCCAAUUAUAGAACUCCUGAAGAAACGGAUCUGGUGGUUUCCGCAUUAAAUGGCUAUGAAGUUUCUGGUCGAAAACUUAGAGUUGAAUAUAAGCGUGUUCUACCCGCUGCAGAAAGAGAAGCUAAAGAAAGAGAAAAGAUGGAAAAACAAAAGGUUGAUAAAGAUUUAUCCAAUCAAGAUGUACGCUUACAUGAACAAAUUAACAACGAACAAUUCGAUAAGCCAAAAACAGUUGAUAGCGAAAAUGGAAAGCAUGAAAAAGAUAAAAAAGAUUCAGAAAGAAGGAGUCCAGUAUCUGAUCAACUCGAUCUUAAUGAUCCUGAGACACUUAAAUUCUAUGACCAAGUAAUCAUUUUCCGUGACGAUAAAACCCGUGAGGAAUUGGUAUUUCCAAAAACACUUUCAUCCGCCCAACGCCGUACACUACAUCUAAUUGCUCAAAAGCUUGGUUUGUAUCAUUACAGCGAGGGUGAUGGAGAUGAUAGAAUUUUAAGAAUUGUGCGCAAACCAGCUUCUGCUGCUAUCACUAUAAAGACAACAAGGAAUGGUGGCUCUUUGGGUAAACGGGCGGGGCACCAGUUAUUUUCAAAUUUAUCUGAGAGUCCUUCGAAUAGAUCUGUACGGGGAGAUGCUUCUCCAUUAUCACGGUCUCCAUUUAGAAAAUCUUGGCUUAAUGAUGGAACACCUAUUGUUUUUCCAAUUCGGCAACCAAGAGGACCUGAUCCAGCCCAAAAUUUUGCCUUUCGUCCAUCUCGUUUACACUCUGCUAUUCCAUUUGGUGUGUCGGAUGAUGAUUCAGUGUCAGAUUAUGCUGAGCACAGAAGAUCGGGCCUUUUUGAUGUGCAUGCGCCUGCUUUCCAAUCGAUUACAUCAUA